AGCUCGCGCGCUCGCGGAGCGUGAGUCAGAGAAACACACAGCAGGACCGCGAGACUGAGGUGACCGCAGAUAUUGCGCUGUUCGGUUUUAUCCAAAUUUAAGGAAGAUACGCUCUUAUUUACCUAUGAGAUUCAUUUCGGUGACUUUUGGAAGUACAUUUUCAUUCAGGAGUUCGUGGUUAUUUUUUUUUGCUCCCCGCUCGUAUUGAGAUGGAUCCUGUUCGAGGUCUCUCUCGUGCACAGUGAACGUUCAAUGCAGCUCUCAGAACAUCAUCGGGCUUUAUGGACUUGACUGUCAAUGAUGUCUAUGGGUUUCAUGUCUGAUGCUCUGAAUAGUUCCGAUCCCUCCAAAUCAGCAUUUUUAGAGUUUGGCCACGGAAUUCCAACCAACCAGCAGCAUUUAUCGGGAUUCACACAUAAUAUUUACCCAGUACAUGGAUUGAACUCAAGCGGACACCACCAGCACGAUGGUCCCUACCCUUCCACCGCGUCCCAUUACAGCCGGCCGCUGGGAUACGCCUACCCUGGCCCGGUGAGCGCUCCUGCCCCGAGUGCUUACAUGCCCUAUCAGCAAAACAACCACGGCAGUACUUUGGGGCACACCAGGGCUGAGGAAACGAACCACGAAGAGCCAAAGGUCACUGAGGACGGGGAAAUUCGCCUUAAUGGUAAGGGGAAGAAGAUCCGCAAACCGCGAACCAUUUACUCCAGUCUUCAGCUGCAGGCGCUGCACCAGCGGUUCCAGCAGACCCAGUACCUGGCGCUGCCCGAGCGCGCCGAUCUAGCAGCGAAACUGGGUUUGACGCAAACACAGGUUAAAAUAUGGUUUCAAAACAAGCGCUCGAAAUAUAAGAAGAUAUUGAAACAUGGGUCCAGUGGACUUGAAGGGGAGAUGCUUCACACCACUUCUUCAUCCUCUCCUUGUUCUCCGGGUCUGUCGCAGCUCUGGGAGGUCUCCAUGGCCAACAAAAUGCCAUCCAUGCACCCUGGCAGUUAUAUGAACAAUUAUGGACACUGGUAUCCACCACACCAUCAUGAUCCUGUGCCCAGACCUCAGAUGAUGUGAUUAAAAUUGGAAAUAAGGAGCAAGAGACUCCAUUCAGUCUUGACACCUGCUCAUCUGUAGAGCUACACCUGUGAAGGUCUUUACAAUGUUCAUGAGUUUUAUUACUUUGUGUGUUUGAAAGGACUGUGUUUUACUCUCUAUGCAAGCAGGUGCCGGUGACUCCCAUAAUGCACAAUAGUAGCGUUCCAACGUGGUCAGAUUUCCUAAUAUUUGCUUUUAAUAAAGGCUGUA